AACAUUGGCGGUGUACGGAUGCUUGAUGGUGAUGUAACUGAUGCCGUAGAAGCUCGUUCAUUGAGUCAUAACCCGCAACAUGUAGAUAUUUACAGCGCUAGUUGGGGUCCUGAUGAUGACGGGAAGACUGUAGAUGGACCUGGCAAGAUGGCACGCAAAGUGUUUGAAGAUGGUGCACUGAAGGGAAGAGGAGGUCUUGGCUCAAUAUUUGUAUGGGCAUCUGGAAACGGUGGUCGCAUGAUGGACAGUUGUAAUUGUGAUGGUUACACCAAUACCAUCUACACUUUAUCUGUCAGCAGUGUCUCUGAGAAAGGAGAUGUACCAUGGUACUCAGAGAAAUGCGCCUCAACCCUCGCAACAACAUACAGUAGUGGAGGCGGCAAUGAAAGACAAGUGGUGACAGUUGAUAUUAGGAAAAAAUGUACCAAGCUACACAGUGGUACAUCAGCAUCGGCACCCCUUGCAGCUGCAAUCUGUGCACUUGCAUUAGAAGCCAACCCUAGCCUCACUUGGCGAGACAUGCAGCAUAUUGUGGUUAACACAGCCAAGCCUGACAUGCUUAGAGCCAAUGAUUGGUCAACAAAUGGAGCUGGAUAUAAAGUGAGUCAUUCAUAUGGAUUUGGUUUAAUGGAUGCCUCAGCUAUGGUUGAUUUAGCUUUAAGAUGGACAACUGUGCCUCCUAUGCGUACAUGUACCCAGACUGCUGUCCAACAACGCAAACAAAUCCGAGGUAAAUUAUCUGUAGAUUUUGUAAGUGAUGGUUGCACAGGAACAACAGAGAAUGUACUCUACUUGGAGAAGGUUCAUGCAGUCCUCUCCAUCACCUUUCCCCGACGCGGAGAUCUCGUAAUCCAUCUGACAUCCCCCAUGGGUACCAGGGCCAUGUUGUUGCCCAAAAGACAACAUGAUUCUGCGAGCACCGGGUUUUCAAACUGGGAGUUUAUGAGCACGCACACUUGGGGAGAGCAGCCGGCAGGCCCCUGGACCCUGGACAUCCAAAACCAAGGAAGUUCAUCUCAUACUGGUUUCUUAACUUCCUGGACAUUAAAAUUAUAUGGCACAGAGACUAAUCCAAUCACAGAAAUACAACCAACAACCAGAGAACCCACAACCAAGAGGAAAACCACCGAAACACUAGCAAUAACAACUAAAAAACCUUUACCUAGUACCAAAAAGCCUCUACUGACCACCAAGCAAACAACUACCUUCAUGCAAAAAACCACCAAAAAACCUUUACCUAGUACCAAAAUACCUUUACCAUCCACCAAGCAAACGACUACCAUCAUGCAAGGAUCAACCAUCAAGCUCACAAAUCCACCGAUGGAUAAAUCAACAACAAAGAGUAACAGCCACACAAAACAGUAUGUGGCAAGGACGGAACUACUUACUACGAUACCAGCAACAAAUAGUAGUACAUUGAAUAACCUAACCAGUAAGCAGACCACACUCUCUGUUAAUGAACCUCUGAAAACCACCAGUCAUAAACCAUUUCAAACAACCACCACUAAACCUGACUGUUCUCCUGGUUACUACAAAGAACUGAAUUUAAAUGGAGAAAUCCAUUGUAAUCCCUGCCAUCCAUCUUGUGGUCUCUGCAUCGCAAGUGGGGAUACCAUGUGUAUUAAGUGUCUCGAUGGAUCUCUUCCCUUUGGAGUUAAUGAUAAUGAUUAUGAGCAGGCAGUUGGUAAGUGUAUUAAAUGCGAUGCUGCUUGUAGCAAAUGCGAUGGUCCGGAGUACAUGCCGUGUACUCAGUGUAAAGCUGGCUGGUACCUCAAUAACUUGGGGGGAUGUGACGUCUGUCAUCGAUCAUGCAAGACAUGUUUUACAGGAGAAAUCAUUGGAUGCAACGAAAAGAAAGAGACCCCAGAUUGUGGAAAAAUUACUAUUGGAGAGGUUGUCACUGGCACAUAUUUUGAUGAGAACAUUUGGGAAUGCAUGGCUUGCGCCAAAGGUUGUUUGAUUUGCGACCAAUUAGGAAGUUGCUCAGAAGAGCUUCCAACGACACAAGAGCUUCACUCAUGCUCUGUGGGAUUCUAUCUUGAUGUUGCUACAAGCACAUGCAAAGCAUGUCAUGCAGAUUGUAAAACCUGCUCUGGUCCAAAUGAAUUGCAGUGUCUUGAAAAGGAAGAAAUAUCAAAUGAUUACUGUCCAGAUGGCACGUACCUUGAUCAUGGCCUAGGCAUCUGUCAACACUGCCAUCAACGUUGCUACACUUGCCAUGGUGGGGAAGACACUGAUUGCAUGCAAGAACGUCCAACAACCACACCAUGUCCUAAGGGUAAUUAUAGAGUUGCAGUAGCUGAAGGCCAUGAACUAACCAACACAGUGUUUACAGAGUCUUGCCUACCCUGCCAUAAAGACUGUGAAACAUGUAUUGGGGCCGGAAUAAACGGAUGUACAAGUAGACGGAGUAGUGUGAAUGAUUGUCCGAGUGGUUUCUAUCUGAAAGACACAGAAUUCGAAAAGUCAUGUGACCAGUGUCAUAAGUCGUGCUUAACCUGUUAUGGUGGUAUGGCCACUGAGUGUAUUGAUUGCCAUGCAGACUACAUCAAACGUGAUACAUAUUGUGUUGUUGUGUACCUUCCUUUACAUAGUAGACCCUUUGUUAAAACUCUCAGUAUGUUUUUCAUCCUUAUAGUAUUUUGCAUUUUAUUAUCCUCUUGUAUUUACCUAAAAAUUAGAAAAAAUAGUUCAAAAUUUAGCGAUGUUAAAUAUCAAAAAUUGGAAGACAGUGUAGAUCAAAAGGUACUCAAUUUGGAGGAUACAAAUUAUUCUAUUUAACUGUUACUUUUGUUGUGAAAAUCGAUCACAAAUGCAUUUAUAUGAUCAAAUUCAAUUUAAAAUGAAAUAUAUUUUUUAAAUAAUUAAGAAUUUUUUUUACUCUUGCCUGAGUGCCUGAAGUUCAAAGGUAACCAAAGUAAACAGGAAGAGGAGGGAGGGGAGGGAAAAAAUGGUGAUGGGAGGUGGUGUUUUCACUUUUGUCCACAAAAAAGUCUUCCAGUGCAUACCUUGUCUGUAAAGUGACUUAUAAAUAAUUUUCAUAAGAAGCAUUUUUUAUUUGCAAGGUUUUAAUUAGGAAACAUUUUUAGAAAAUUAAUAAUUUCUUAUGAUAUUCAUAAUAGGUGUUCCUAUUCAUAAAUAUUUUCGAGUGAAUUAUAUAAACUCUGUAAAAGUCAUCGGGGAAAACUGUAUUUUAAGUUGAAGCACUUCUGUAUAUUUGCUUACAACUAGCAUUCCAAAAAUACUAAUAUACUUUGUAUUGGGUUUGUUAAUUAAUCAACAAAAUAUCAAAUUGUGUGGAAGCAUUUGAGGCAGCAGUGAGUCAUUGUAAUUUCGAUUACAAGGACAGUACACUUUAUUUCUCAUAAAUGUUUCUGUUUUUGUAGGCCCAGUUUUAUGGUGGAUUUGAAAGAAAGAAAACAGUAUUAACAACUUGUUCUUAAAAGAGACUUCUAAAUGCACAUGUGAAAGUGUUUAUGAAAUGAAAGCAAUUGAAAAUGAUGAAGAUACAAUGUACAGAUGUCAUUUUCAUAAUAAACCGGAUUUGUUAAUUACUGCCUAAAAAAUAGCAAUCAAGUGUUUUUAUUUUGUUAAGUUAAAGUGAUACAUAUAAAGUACAGAAAUUCAGUACUUAAUACACUGUACUUGUUUUAUUACUGCCUAAUAGUAAUAGCAAUUAAGUGUUUUUAUUUGCUAAAUGGAAGUGAUGAAGGUACAGUAUUUACAGUAAUAAACUUGACUGCAUUUACAGGAAUAAACUGGACUUGUUAGUUUCUAGUAGGGACUAUGUGUAUUAUUAUUGUAGGUUACUUAAUGGACAACAAUGUGUGCUUCCAAAUGCAAAAACUGUUAAAUCAGGAAAAAUCAAAUGAGCAUCCCAAGUAGGAGGCAGUAUACAUUUGUAUUGUACUUAAAAUUUAUAGUUGAUGACAAUUUCAAUUUAGUUUAAUGUGUAUUUUUAUGGAACUAACUUUAGUUAAUUAUAAAAGAUAACAAAGUAUAUUUAUAUAGAUAUAUAAUAAGAGCUUCAAAUAUAUCCAUGUGAUUUGAAAACAUUUGCCAGUGAAUAAUUUUCAUACUUGGGAAGUGGUUACAUAUUCUUUUAAGGUUGACACCAUAUCCAUCCAAUCAUGGAGGUAAUUCCUCCAUGAUCCAAUGAAGUGUGGUGCUCUAUAUUCAAAUUUCAUUGUGGAGUGCUGACCUUUUGCAAGGAUCGUACCCAGGAUGUUGGGAUUGGUAGGUGUGCACCAAUUCAUAUUGUCAGUACAGUACUACUGUUGAUAUAUGGUGAAUACCAUACAUGUCUUAAUUCUACUUCUAAUACUUAAAAUAAAUAAGAUGGAUAAUGUUCCUGGAACAGAUCCACUAUUCAAACAUCCGCCCUCUGAUGAAUAAUCAUUGAUGUGACAAUAUAGACAUCAGCAAUUGCAGUACGCCUAACAUGAAGAGGGGUGUGAACGGUAAUAGUAAGGGACAAUUGGUAUAGCUUCAUGCUUAGAUCAUUAUGGCUAGCUUUUUCUGAAAGUUUUAAUAAAAUCAUUUAUUUCUCUCUACAAUACUCAUCAUGGUAUUUGUCAUAUAAUUAAAUGGCUUGAUUUUUUAUUAUA